UGGCUGUGUAACGGCAAACAGCACUCCAUGUGGUUUAUGGAGGCUCGUAGCGGAGUGGAUUUUGUGUCAGAGUGUCUCAUCAUGGAUGCCUCAGGAUUGGAUUUCCAAGGCAUUUUCGGGCUGUUGUGUGCAGGAUCUGCUCCCAGUCUGAGCAGUGAAGAGCUGGCCGGCAGAAUCUCAUCAUGUGUUAGUCAAACAGUCACACACACAGACGUCAUGUGCUUGUGUCUCACUCUUACUGAGAGCAUCAUUAGCAGACUGACGGCACAGAGUUUGCCACAAGAUGCCACAAUAUUCUAUGAAGAUGUGACGAGGAGGCUGUUUGGAGAAAUGAAUCUGAUGGCAAAACUGGUUACCCUCCUCAGCUGUCAAGACCAACUGGUGUCUCAUUUAUCUGCGAAGUGUAUAUCAGUCUAUAUCAUCAAUGACAUUCGCAUAACUGGAGGCAGCAGCUGGACGUGGAGACACACAUGUGCUGAAGUGUUUCAGAAAUCAGCGGCCAGCAGUGAACUGGACUCCUGUGUGUGGUCCCUGACCGCUGUGAUUAAAGCAGUGCUGAGAGGAGACACAGGCCAGAAUCAGAGAGAUGUUCUGACGAAGCUUCUUUCUGGAUUGGAUUCCUCCAUCGCUUACCUGUUCACCAACCUUCUGACUCCAGACACACAGGAACCUCACAAAAGAGAACCGGUGAAACUUUCUAAGACCAUGUGUGAGUUCUUUGACCUGCUUGCAGUCCUCAGCGCUGCCCGGCUCAGAUUUGGAGUCUGCUCUUCAGUUCAGAGAGUCGUAUUCGUUGAGUCGCGAGCGCUGCUUCACGUCGCGAGAGCUGAGGUGGAGUACUUCGUGAAGAAACGAGCGCUGCUUCUUCUGAAGAGAAGUCUUCUGCGGAGAGCUGGGGAGGACUGGGCUUCAGCUGAAGCUCAGUGUGAAGAUCACGGCCUGACGGAGGACGCGCUGAUCAUGGCAGAUGGUGUGCUACAGGAAGUCACUGCAGGCUGGCUGAAGGAAGUCCCUGUGAAGGCUCAAGCCAGUUUCUUUGGUGGGAACUGUGAUGCGAGUCUCGGCGAGACGCAGAAGGAUGAUGUGAUUCUGAGAGCCGUGAGCCUGAUUUUGCUGAAGUCGCUAGAAAUAAACAUCCAGUCCCCUCGAUGCAAAG